AUGUCGGGCGCGAGGCAUGAGCACCACCUGUCCGGGGACUUCCAGUUCCACGACGAGCUAGCGUCGCUGUUCGCGCAUCAGCGGCCCGACGCGCCGAUGGCGCAGCAGCUGCAGCAGCCGUGGUUCAUGGACUACCUGCACGCGACCGCGGCGGCGGCCUCGCCGCUGGACUGCGACGCCUUCGUGGGGAACUUCGACGACGUGCCGCCUGCCGCGGACGAGGUAAUCAAGAGGGAGCUCGUGGUUGUGGACACUGCGGCUGCCGGCAGCGGCGUCGGGACGACGUCGGCGGUGCCGCUCACGCCCAACAGCAUGUCGAUGUCGUCGACGUCCAGCGAGGCUUGUGGCGCCGGGGCUGGAGCGGGCGAGGAGUCGGCGGCCGGCAAGUGCAAGAAGGAGGAUGGCGACGGGGAAGGGCACGAGAGCAAGGACGACGGAUCGGCCGCGGCCAAGGGAGACGGGGAAGGAGAGGAGAAGAACAAGAAAGGGGCGGCGAAGGGCAAGGGCAAGGGCGAGAAGCGGCCGCAGCAGCCACGCUUCGCGUUCAUGACCAAGAGCGAGGUCGACCACCUCGAGGACGGCUAUCGGUGGCGCAAGUACGGCCAGAAAGCCGUCAAGAACAGCCCAUUUCCGAGGAGCUACUACCGGUGCACGACGCAGAAGUGCCCGGUGAAGAAGCGGGUGGAGCGGUCGUACCAGGACGCGGCGGUGGUGAUCACCACGUACGAGGGCAAGCACACGCACCCCAUCCCCGCCACGCUGCGCGGGAGCUCGCACCUCCUCGCCGCCGCGCACCACCCGAUGAGCGGCCUCCACCACGUGCACCCGCACUUCUGGAUGGCGCUGCCGCCGCCGACGGCGCUCGGCGGCGUCACCGCGGGCCUCGGCGGCUUCAGGCCCGGCGGCGCCAACGCCUUCGACGACGCGCUCGGGCUCGGACUCCUGCAGCCGCCGCAGCAGCAGCAGGGCCGCCACCACCACGGCGCCGCCGCCAUGCAGCAGCUGGCCGUUAGCGGUGCCGCCGGAGUGGAGCAGGUGAACGCCGCCGCCGCCAUGGCGAGGCACGCGGCGCUGCCUGAUGGUGACGACCAGCACGGCUUGGCUGCCAUCGCAGGUAUGGCUGGUACUACUACGGCGGCAACUACUACCGCCAGAGCUCCGCUCCGGAUGCAGCACUUCAUGGAGCAGGACUAUGCUGGGCUCCUGCAGGACAUGUUUCCAUCCUUCGUUCACAACGACGACGAUGGCCACCAUGACAAUCACCAUUGA